AUGGUCGGACGAAUCCUUGACUUCAAAACUGAAAUAAUCACUCCUAGAAAAGUUACCUGCCAAAAUGGAGGCUUGAACCUGGGGAGCCCCAUUGAUAUCCAUGCUUCCGACGUCGAUUUCGCCUUAUUGGACAAAAUUCGCUUUGUAAAUUACAAAGAAAGCGGUACCGUCAAUAUAACUAAUACUGGUCAUUCAAUUAUGAUCGACGGUUUUGAAAGUUGGCAUAAGAAACAGCCUUAUGUCGAAAAAGGAGGGUUUCGAUAUAGAUACCGUCUCGCCGAGCUUCAUUUUCAUUGGGCUCAGAACGAUUCUGGUUCUGAACAUGCUAUUGGUGGUCUUCGUUAUCCUGGAGAAAUUCAUCUCGUGCACUAUCGUCAUAAUCUGAAAGCGUCAGAAGCAGCUAAAACGCCAGGUGGAAUAGCUGUUCUUGGUGUUUUUCUCAUAGUUGAAAAAGAGAGUAAACCAACCCCAGAAGUUUCAUUG